AUGGACGAGGAGUAUGACGUUAUCGUUCUCGGCACUGGCCUUACCGAGUGCAUCCUCUCGGGCCUCCUCUCGGUCGAUGGCCAGAAGGUCCUCCACAUGGACCGCAACGACUACUACGGCGGCGAGAGCGCCUCCUUGAACCUCACCCAGCUCUACCAGAAGUUCCGUGGCAGUGCCCCGCCUGAGGAGCUCAACCUCGGCAAGGACCGCUCCUACGCCGUCGACCUCAUCCCCAAGUUCAUCCUUGCGUCGGGUGAGCUCACCAAGAUCCUCGUGCACACCGACGUGACACGCUACCUCGACUUCAAGCAGAUUGCGGGCUCUUACGUGUACCGUGACGGCAAGAUUGCCAAGGUGCCCUCGAAUGAGAGCGAGGCUAUCCGCUCGUCACUCAUGGGUCUCUUUGAGAAGAACCGCGCCCGCAAGUUCUUUGGCUACCUCCAGAGGUGGAACCCGGACGACCCGACCACGCUUGAGGGCUUUGACGCGGACACUCAGACCAUGAACGACCUGUUCACAAAGUUCGGCCUCGAGGCCGGCACCCAGGACUUCAUCGGCCACGCCAUGGCCCUGUGGCUCGACGACGACUACAAGACCAAGCCCGCCAAGCCCACCAUGGAGCGCAUCCGCCUCUACGCGGAGUCGAUGGCGCGCUACGGCAAGUCGCCCUACCUCUACCCACUCUACGGCCUUGGCGAGCUGCCCCAGGCCUUCUCGCGCCUCUCGGCUGUCUACGGCGGCACCUACAUGCUCUCGAAGAAGGUAGACUCGGUCAACGUCGACGACGACGGCAAGUUUGUGAGCGUCACCUCGGAUGGCGAGACCGUCAAGGCCAAGCGCGUUAUUGGCGACCCAUCGUACUUUGGCGCCGGCCAGGAGGCUGAGGGCGGCAAGAUCCGCGUUGUCGAGACCGGCAAGGUUGUCCGUGCCAUCUGCAUCCUCAAGCACCCCAUCCCGGGCACUGAGAACGCCGACUCGUGCCAGAUCAUCAUUCCCCAGAACCAGGUCGGGCGUAAGAACGACAUCUACAUCGCCGCCGUCUCGUCGUCUCACAACGUUGCCGCCGAGGGUGUCUACAUUGCCAUCGUCUCAACCAUUGUCGAGACGUCGGUGCCCGAGCGCGAGAUUCUCCCCGGUCUCCAGCUCCUUGGCAAGGUCGAGGACAAGUUUGUCUCGAUCCUGCCUCUGUACGCUCCUACCGCCGACGGCUCCAGCGACAACAUCUUCAUCACCAAGUCUUAUGACGCGACUUCGCACUUCGAGACUGUUGUUGACGACGUUGCCGACGUGUGGCAGCGCAUCAAGGGCGAGAAGCUCGUGCUCAAGAAGCGCGAGAACCAGGAGAUUGAGGCUUAA